GUAUCAAGGAGCUCUCCGUGCCUUCUCGUGGUCGCAUCCACUCAAACUCAUGCAGCGGCGCUACGGAGGAGUUCAUCUUUAAAACGUUGGAGCCUACGACCUUUGGCCUCAUGUACCCUUUUUCAAUGCAAGUUUGACAAAGUUUUCAAACAGGGAAAUGGAAGGUCAAUGCUGAAAAGGGGUUAAAUUAUGGUAAAACUCUUGAAACAAACAACGUAAAAAGUGAGCCUUUCACCACAGACUUUGGAGGUAAUCUUGAUGAGGAGCGAAAUUCAUCAGAAAGCUACCCAAUGGUGUUCUAUUCCAUAGUUCAAGAUGUUCUCUUUGUUGUUUGGAUGUUCAAUAUAAUUCAUUCGGUGUGCUUUUGAGUGAUUCAAAGAGCAGUUUGGGAUAAUAGGAGCACCGUCUAAAUGUACCGAAGGUACAACAAUUUUCAUUUUCUUUUUCCUUUUUCAUAACCUUUUUCUUUUUACAUGCAUAGGUACAUUAUUUCUCCAGCUAGUACUAUACGGGGGUGAACUCCUUUGUGCAAUAGCCAUAACUAUUGCUACCUAAUGGCAACGAGGUCGCUGCAAUGUUUUGGUCAAGUAUAGCUGUUGGAGCCUUGGAGGUGAUUGCUCAUCUCUCUGAAUUUAGAUCAAUGACCGAGGAAGGGAUGCAAAACUCAGGACUGAUCAAAGAUCAUGGCACAAAGGGUUGCCAUGUGAGAUUUUUCCAAAUGCGCCAGCUUAUAAGCUAUUUUAUAUCCAGAUCGGCAUGGACAAAUUCUAUUUUCUGGAUUAUAAUGACAGUCAAGAUGGUCAAGUCAUCGGCAUUCCAAAAGCUUGGCAGUGCAAACUUGCCCUUGGCUUGUAUGUCUAACUCAAUUAACAAACCGCUGCCUCUUCAAUUGGAUGUAUCUCUACCUUCUUUUGAAGAUAUUAGAUGGAGUCUCUCUAGGUUGUAUUAUUUAUUCAACAUGCAGCUUGACCGGAACAUUGGCACGUUUUUCAUGGCCUUACUUGCAGCAUGUUUUUCAUUCGUCAUAGUUGGAGGUUUUCUAUUUUACAAGUUCAGGAACAAGAAGCAGUCUCUAGAAGAUUGUUUUUGGGAAGCUUGGGCUUGCCUUUGUUCAUCAUCCACUCAUUUGCGGCAAAGAACACGUGUUGAGCGUAUUCUUGGUCUUGUCCUGGCCAUCUGGGGCUUAUUAUUCUAUUCUCGCUUGUUGAGCACAAUGACGGAACAAUUCAGAUACAAUAUGCAAAAGAUCCGAGAAGGAGCACAGCUACAAGUCAUGGAGACUGACCAUAUAAUUAUCUGCGGUGUUAACAGUCAUCUAAUGUUUAUAUUAAAGCAGCUAAAUAAGUUCCAUGAGUCAGCGAUUCGUCUGGGUACUGCUAAAGCAAGGAAGCAACGAAUUCUUCUCUUGUCUGAUCUCCCCAGGAAGCAUAUAGAAAAGCUUGGUGAUAGUAUUACCAAAGACUUUAACCAUAUCGAUGUCAUUACAAAGAGUUGUAGCCUUAGCUUGACAAAGUCUUUUGAAAGAGCAGCUGCAAGCAGAGCAAGGUCAAUUAUCAUGUUGCCGACAAAGAAUGACUGGUAUGAAGUUGAUACAGAUGCAUUUCUGUCUUUAUUAGCUUUGCAACCUCUACCGAAAAUAGCUUCCGUUCCUACCAUUAUUGAG